AUGGAUAAGGCUUUUUAUGCUCAAAAUGCAGUAUCAGAAGUGUUAGAAGGAGUAGAUGGAACUUCUACUUCUUCCAAUUUAUGGCUAAAUCUUUUGAAUUCUGUUUCUUCUGUAAAAAAAACACCUUUAAAGCAUAUUGUUUUGCUUGGAGGGGAGAAUAAGGGUGCAACUGAGUGGAUUUCUUCUUUAAAGCGAGCAGCUGGAUCGUAUAAUGGACAGGAUUCGUUUACACGAGAUAAGGAGCAAAUAGUACCGCCAACGUAUCUUAUGGAUUAUACGUAUAUUGAGCUUGUGGAUCCGGAUCAUGGGGAGAUAUUAGCUGUUAUCGAAGUGUAUUUGAUUUCAGAACUUCAUUUGGUAUCCGAAGCGAUACUUUCUGAGCUUUUUACGCCAGAGUUUGUUGAAAAUUGUAUUGUUUGUAUUUUGCUUGAUUGGACGAGUCCUUGGCAAUGGUUGCAUGAAAUAUCAGCUUGGAUACAGCUAUUAAAGAAAGUUAUUGGGAACUUUAAAUCAAAUUCAGAAUUGUAUGAUCAAAUUGUUUUCAAAUUGACGGAAACAUGCAAGUAUAUGAGGCUUAUGAAUUUAUUCCAUAAUCCCGAUUGUAAUGAUCAAAUAACCAUUCCUUUGGAAUCGGGUCAAUAUGAUGAACCUUUAGGGCUACCAUUGAUAUGUGUUUGUAAUCACUCGGAAUAUAUGGCUACGAUUGAAAAGGAUGAACUUUUGAAAGACGAACAUUUCGAUUUUAUCCAACAAUUCCUUAGAACGAUACUUAUGAAACAUGGCGGUGCGCUUUGUUAUACGUCUGAUUUAUAUCCACAUACGCUAAAUAAUUUAUUGUAUACUAUUCUUGAUAGUUUUUUUCUUUCUCCCCAGAUAUAUAUGGACAUAAGUUCUCCGCCUAAAGCAAAUGUAAUUGAUAGAGACCAGAUAUUUGUACCUGCAGGUUGGGAUUCAUGGGGGAAGAUUCGUAUUAUCCAAGAUGGAUUUGAUGUGGAAGGGGUGGCUGAAGGAUGGCGUUUGGAUUUGAAUUCGGAUGUGAAUAAAACAAAGCUCGGUGCCAUACAAAUCUACGAAGAAGUGAUAUCGGAUUAUAGAAAAAAUAAUUCUUUCGAUUCUUCAGAGACGGAAAACCUAGUAACAGCAUUGCCUUUGCAAGAAUUCCUUUUAAAUCAAUUGAAUAUGACUGAAACAAAAACUCAGACACAAGAAAGUCCGACAAAGAGUAAGAAAAAUAUUACAGAUACACAAGUGCCUCCGGCUCAAUUAAAUUUGUGUGGUAUGAAGUUAGAUACCGAUGAAGUGGUUGAAAAACUUCAAAAAUUGAGAGAUAUGCGUUCUGAAAGCAGUUCGCCCAUGCUGACUCCAGACAAGUCCAGUGAUACUCUCUCAAGAACAAUAUCACCCUCACUUGCUAAAGACCAGAGUCAAAACGAAGCACUUGCUAAUUUUUUCCAAAGUCUGCUUAACCGUAAGAAAGAAACCACGUAA